AUGGCCGUCGACGAAGCCCUUCAGCAACCCCUGAACUUCACAGGCCAUCGUCACCUGAUCUCGCGCCUCCUCCUCGCAACUCUCACCGGCCGACCGGUCCGCAUAUCACAAAUCCGCUCCACCUCCACAAACCCAGGUCUCACACGCUAUGAAACGAAUUUCGUGCGCCUCCUCGACGCCGUCACCAACGGUGGCCAAGUCCAGUUCAGCAUGACCGGCACAACACUCGUGUACCGCCCCGGCCUGAUCACCGGCUCCGCAGAAGGUCUUGGCGCCCACGGCGGCGUGAUCAGACACGAGAUCCCCCGCGAGUGCGCAAGGAGAGGAGUAUCAUGGUGGCUUGUCCCACUCUGCAUCCUCUCGCCUUUCAGCAAAGGCAACGUCAACGUCAUCCUGCACGGCGAGGGCUGCGUCACAUCCUCGACCACCAGCGGUGACAUCAGCGCCGACACAGUGCGCACCGCGAUCCUGCCGCUGUACAAAUCCUUCGGCAUCGAGCGCAACAUCGAGUUACGGAUCUUGAAGCGCAGCUGCGCCCCGGCAACCGGCAAGAGCGCGGGCGGCGAAGUCCAACUCGUGUUCAACCACCAAGUCCGGCUGCCCAAGACCCUGCACCUGCUGAACCCCGGCCGCGUGAAGAAGAUCCGCGGCGUGGCGUACUGCGUCGAAGUCCCGAAGAGCAACAAUGAGCGCAUGAUCCACGAAGCGCGCGGCAUUCUGAACAAGUUCGUGCCGGAUACGUACAUCUUCUCUGACGCCUCCCCUGCACCAUUAAUACCGACGGUUCAAAAGGGCCAUGGAAGCGGCAAGGUGAAGGGUGCGGUGGGCUUCGGAUUGAGUCUGGUGGCGGAGAGUAGCACGGGGUGUAUAUACAGCGCAGACGUAUGCUCCCCACCCGAAGGCGGCGUGCCGGCAGAUGAGAUUGGCAAGCAGUGCGCGUACCAGCUAUUAGAGAAGAUUUCGCAGGGCGGUGCGGUGGAGAGUGUUGCCGCGCCGACAGUGCUCAUGCUCAUGGCCAUGGGUUCAGAAGACGUUGGCAGAGUAGCUUUAGGGAAGGACGUUCUAGCCAGCGAGGAGAUCAUCUCGUUGGCGCGGGACUCGAAAGUGUUCGGUGGGAGCGGAUGGGGGUUCCGAGAAAACGGAGGCGAGGAGGACCGAGGAGAGAUUGUGGUCAGUGUGGUAGGCAGGGGAGUGGGAAACGUGGGUAGGAAGGUUGCGUAG